CUCACAUUAACAAAGCCUCAAGUGGAUUAAUGAAAAAAUGCUGAUCAUUUUUUACUUCAUGCUCUCUGUCGUAGUUGGACGAUGCAAAGAUAAUCUGAGUGUUGAAACAAGAACUGUUGCUGUUGGAGAAGAUGUGACCCUAACCUGCCCGCGCUUGACCUCUGAGCAUAGAGCAAGGCUGUACUGGAUCAGGUUUAUUCCUGGACACUGGCCUGAAUUCUUGGGAGGAACAUAUUCCUUCAAUUUUAGUGAUGUUCUAGAAACUGCUCAUAUUACAGCAAAGCAAGAGGCAAAAUCCUUUAUCUUGCACAUUAGUAGAGUCCAGCACAGGGAUGUUGGCCUUUACUAUUGCUUAAAAGUUAAUCAGCUUAACUUGACUUUUUUAAAGGGGGAAUUUCUGAGAAUCAGUGGAAAAGAAUCAAGCAACACUGCCAUUGUCCAACACCGUCUACCUGAUCGAGUUCAUCCAGGAAGCCCAGUCUCUCUACAUUGUUCAGUCCUCUUUAACGCUCAAGAUAAAACUUGUUCAACAGAUCAUAGGGUGUUCUGGUUCAUAGCUGCAUCAAAUAGAUCUAAUCCCAGUUUAAUUUACGCUCCUGAAAACCCCGGUAAUGAAUGUGAGAACAGUCCUGAGGAUCAAUCUGGGCGAAAAUGUAUCUAUAGCUUCUCGAAGAACAUCUCUGCUUCUGAUGUUGGGACUUACUACUGUGCUGUGGCCUCUUGUGGAAUGAUUUUGUUUGGAAAUGGAACCAAACUGGACAUAGAAGGUACAGUUAAUCCAAUCCUUUAA